AUAAAGUAAUCCACAAACAUACUUUUCUCAUAUCUGAGACUGUAGCCUGUAUGUGAACGACUGCUGUAAAUCUUAUGCUCUCCUUACAAGAGGCUUUUCAGAUGCCAGAAGACAACAAGAGUCGGGAUGGCAUUACGAAAGGCAGUGCAAUGCAUAGUUAUUCUCCUAGUCAUAUGGAACUGUCUGAAGUAUGAGGGACACAGAGAGUUUCUAAAUGGCUUCUUUGAGGAGUUAACGAGUGCAGAACACUCCAGCAUUCAUCUAAGACAAAAAAGAGAAAAAAGAGAAACUUCCUCAAAUUCCACUGAGUAUGAGCUCCAAGCUGUUAUAAGCAUCUCAGACCUGAAGCAUUUCCAGUCAAUACUGAAUACUCUCAGUUUUCCUUUAUCGAUCAACACCACUGGUGAAAUUACAAGCAUUAAUACAACAACAGUGUGUUCACCAAACAUCACUGCAAACAUAACUGGAUACCAGUGCACAUGUGAGGAGAGCUUUGCUUGGUCAUACAACAAAUGCAUUAACUAUGGGGCCUGUGAUGCCAUCAUUGGUGAUACAUGUGGAUGCAUUAAUGGACUUCCAGCAGAUGGGCAAUACUGCCAGUUAAACACCAGCCAACCAGGGCCAGUGGAGUUUGAUAUAGACUUCAACUUGCUCUUCCCAAUAUCCAGUCUACCCCAAAAUUUCAUUGAUCUGUUCAGAGACUAUGUGGGAAAUUUGUCAUUCCCCCAAACCAUCACUCAGUCUUUAAUAAUAGAAGAUUUGAACUUCACCACAUGGUGCAAUCCAAACUCCACUGAAGGACUGCAGUGUCAGUGUGAGGACCAGUUUGGUUGGUCAUGUGACAAGUGUGUCCUGUACGGUGCAUGCAGUAAUGUCACCUCACAAACCUGUGGGUGCAUAAAAGGGCUUCCUCCUGGUGGAGAGUUCUGUCAACCAAUCUCAAGUAUUUCUCCAUGUCCAACACCACCUCCUGAGUCAGUGGAGUUUAAUAUAGACUUGCUCUUGCCAAUAUCCAGUCUGCCCCCAAACUUCAUUGAUCUGUUCAGAGACUAUGUGGGAAAUGUGUCAUUCCCCCAAAACAUCACUCAGUCUUUAAUAAUAGAAGACUUGAACUUCACCACAUGGUGCUAUCCAAACUCCACUGGAGGACUGCAGUGUCAAUGUGAGGGCCAGUUUGCUUGGUCAUGUGACAAGUGUGUCCUAUACAGUGCAUGCAGUAAUGUCACCUCACAAACCUGUGGGUGCAUAAAAGGGCUUCCUCCUGGUGGAGAGUUCUGUCAACCAAUCUCAAGUAUUUCUCCAUGUCCAACACCACCUCCUGAGCCAGUGGACUUUGAUAUAGUCAUUGAACUACGAAUCCCAGUAUCCAGUGUGCCCCCAAAUUUCAGUGAUGAAUUCAGACACUAUCUGGAAAAUUUCUCUUUCCCACAACUCAUCACUCAGUCUUUAAUAAUAGAGGACUUGAACUUCACCACAUGGUGCUAUCCAAACUCCACUGGAGGAAUGCAGUGUCAGUGUCAGGACCAAUUUGCCUGGUCAUGCGACAAGUGUGAAAUAUACGGUGCAUGCAGUAAUGUCACCUCACAAACCUGUGGAUGCAUAAAAGGGCUUCCUCCUGAUGGAGAAUUUUGUGAACCAAUCGCAAGUAUCGCUCAGUGUCCACCACCACCUUCUGGUCCAGUGGACUUUGAUAUAGUCGUUGACAUCGAAAUUCCAGUAUCCAGUGUGCUCCCAAAUUUCAAUGAUGAAAUAAGACACGCUUUGCGAAAUUUGUCCUUCCCAUAUCUCAUCACUCAGUCUUUAAUAAUAGAGGACCUAAAUUUCACCACAUGGUGCUAUCCAAACUCCACUGGAGGACUGCAGUGUCAAUGUGAGGGCCAGUUUGCUUGGUCAUGUGACAAGUGUGAUGAAUACGGAGCAUGCAGUAAUGUCACCUCACAAACCUGUGAUUGCAUAAAAGGACUUCCUGUCAGUGGGGAGUUCUGUCAACCAAUCACAAAUAUUUCUUUAUGUCCAACAACAACAACUCCUGUCACAACGCCAUCAACAACAUCACCUACACCAACAUAUGUGCCAGUGGACUUUGAUAUAGACCUUGAACUGCACAUCCCAGCAUCCAGUGUGCCCCAGAAUUUCAGUGUUGUGCUCAGAGACAUUCUGAGAAAUUUCUCCUUCCCCAAAAUCAUCACUGGGUCUUUAACACUGAAAGACUUGAACUUCACCACAUGGUGCUAUCCAAACUCUACUGGAGGACUGCAGUGUCAGUGUGAGGACCAGCUUGCUUGGUCAUGUGACAAGUGUGAAGUUUACGGUGCCUGCGGUGAUGUCAACUACCCAACCUGUGAUUGCAUAAAAGGACUUCCUCCUAACGGAGAGUUCUGUCAACCAAUCACAAAUAUUUCUUUAUGUCCAACAACAACAACUCUUGUCACAACACCAUCAACAACAUCAACUACAUCAACAUAUGUCACAACUCCAUCAACAACAUCACCUACCACAACAUAUGUCACAACACCAUCAACAACUUCACCUACACCAACAUAUGCACCAGUGGCUUUCUAUAUAGCAGUUGAAUUGCACAUCUCAGCAGCCAGUGUGCCCUCAAAUAUCAGUGUUGUUCUCAGAGACAUUCUGAAAUAUGUCGCCCCCCCUCAAAUAGACUCCUUAACAGUAGAAGACUUGAACUUCACUACAUGGUGCUCUCCAAUCUCUACGGGAGUGCAGUGUCAAUGUGAGGACCAGUUUGCCUGGUCAUGUGACAAGUGUGAAGUGUACGGUGCAUGCAGUAAUGCCACCUCAGAAACCUGUGGGUGCAUAAAAGGGCUUCCUCCUGGUGGAGAACUCUGUCAACCAAUCUCAACUUUCAAUCCAUGUCGACCACCAACUAGAACAACGACAAUGACAACGACAACACCAACAAUGCCAAAUACAACAACACCAAUGCCUGUUACACCAACAACAACAACAACCACAACAAUCACAACACCAACGACAACCACAACAUUGACAACAACACUGAUAAUACAGAUACUUGAAAUUACUAUGGAUGUUGAAUUCAAGGAAGAAUACAAUCAAGAAACCAAUGAGUUUCACAAAACUGUUAGCAAAACUAUCACAGAUGAAGCAGCGAGCCAAGGAAUAAAAGCAAAUUUAAUUCAAUUCCGGAGUGGAAGUACCAUUGCCCAGUAUAAUGUCAGUGCUCCCUCUUCUAUUACACCAGACUUUCGGGCACUAAAUGUUAAAAUAUUUAACAAGCUGGCAGAAUCAUACCCUAUGAUAUUUGAUGCCUCGGGUACCCUAAUGUUUUCACCAACUGAUGGAUUUUAUGAGCAAACGGUGACUGUGACAUGUGGCCCUCCACCACUGGAUCUCAAUUUUGGCACUGUCUCAGCAGCAGAAUGGAGACUUAAUACAGUGCUCAUAGCUGAAGAUGGAGGACACACAAUUUCAGUUAAGGAUGGAAUAUCAACCUUAACUGUGUCAAGGUUUAUUAGCUCUGACGAUGGAGAAUAUGAAUGUAGGCUCAUGCGCAAAAAGGACAAAACAUUUUUCCGACAGAAAUCUGCAACCUUCAGUCUGAAAACGAAACCCACAAUCACCGUCUCACCAAUCAGAGAGUAUGUGCAAUGUCAGGGAGGAAUUGUGCCUCUGAAGUGCAGUGUGAGUGGUGGGUACCAGGUUGAGUUUCAAGAGUAUUCUGAAGCAGGCACUGGUAAUUCGAUUACCUAUAAUUAUAAAACACCUCAAGGUUGUCAAAAGCAGGACAAGGUAUUCACCUGUCAGUCUAAAACCCAACCUGUAUUUACAAGAACAAUAACACUGCAGUUAUCCCCAGAGGAAGCUCACUGUGUUGAUGAAAAGUUUGGUAAAGGAAAUGAAGGUUUCAAAGCUGCAGUGCCUUGUGAGCCAAACCAGGUAGGAGAAAUAACUGCAGUGUGUAAGGAAAACCGGCAAUUUGGAGAUAUUGAAGAAAACUGCAUCCUACUACCUGUUCAGGAGCUGCUUGACGAGUCUGAGUUCUUGACUGCCAGUACAUUGCCAGUAUUUUUGGAACAGCUCAGCAACGUCACUGUCAAUUUUACUGGUGAAGUGAUUAAAUCUCCUCCCAACGUUAAGGCUAUUGUGAGAAUACUCACCAAUGUAGCCAAAAAAUCUUCAUCAUUAGAUAUUUCAAUUAGCAAUGAUUCAAUGGAGAAUGUCCUCAUUACGGCAGGGGUUCUCACCAUCAAUGGAACAACAUGGAACUUUCUGAACAACAAUGACACCAAAAACAUCUCAAACAGCACUGAUGCUGAAAGUGUCAGCUCAUCAUUUUUGGACUCUCUUGAAAACAUAACAUCUCAUCUUGACAAUACAACUUUUGACAUUAAGACAGCAUAUAUUCUGUUAAACAGAACUAGAUUCACAGACACUUUCAGUGCUGAACUGAAUUCUUCAGUGGCAAUUGAAAUACCAGAGGCUGAUGGAGAAAUAAAAACAAUCACUACGAUACUAUUUGAAUCGUUGGAUAAUGUACUCCCUGCAAGAGAUGAGGUCAAUUCAUCGUUCAACUCUAUAAACGGCAGGAUUGUACUUGUUCAGUCCACUGGUGACAUCAAUAAUAUUUCUUUCACAUUUGAUAUUUUAAAUGAUACACUGGGAAACCCUGAAUGUGUCUUCUGGAACUUCAGCCUCUUUAAUGGUCUCGGAGGAUGGGACAAUGAGGGAUGUGAGGUAGUUUUAAACACAAAUGAAACUGGAACUGUCAUCUGCAACUGCAACCACCUGACCUCAUUCUCCAUCCUCAUGUCACCGAAUAGCCCAAAGAAACUCUAUUUGGACAUUAUAACCUACAUUGGAGUUGGCAUUUCCAUGGUUUCCUUGGUCAUAUGUCUCAUUAUUGAAGGCCUCAUAUGGAGAAAAAUAAGAAAGAAUGAAACCUCUUACUUGCGUCAUGUUUCCAUAGUCAACAUCGCUGUCUCUCUUCUGGUUGCAAACAUUUGGUUUAUAAUUGGAGCGGCCAUUUCAGAUGCAGAAGUUAAAAACCCCCCAGCAUGCACUGCAGCUACUUUUUUUAUCCAUUUUUUCUACCUAGCAUUGUUCUUCUGGAUGUUGGCCUCGGCUAUGUUGCUGCUCUACCGGACAACUAAUGUCUUUGGUGGGGGUUUGACUAAAGCAUCUAUGCUAGCCAUUGGAUUCUCUCUAGGCUACGGAGCUCCUCUCAUUAUUGCAACAGUAACUAUAGCUGCAACUGCACCUGACAACAAAUACAUCCGAGACAAUGCAGUCUGCUGGCUCAACUGGGAUGAGUCCAAAGCUCUACUGGCAUUUGUGAUUCCUGCACUUUCAAUAGUGGUGAUAAACCUCAUUAUCUUGGUUGUGGUUUUGUACAAAAUUAUAAGGAGAAGAGUUGGAACAACUGCUGCACAAGCAGAUGAAAGGCACGUUUUACUGGUUAUUGUCAAGAGCUUGGCUGUGCUCACACCAUUUUUUGGCAUAACUUGGGGUUUGGGAGCUGGGAUUCUGGCUGAUCCAACAAAUGAAGGAAUCCAUAUUGCAUUCGCAUUCUUCAAUUCGUUACAGGGCUUCUUUAUUUUGGUGUUUGGAACACUGCUGGACAGUAAGGUGCGGUCAGCAAUAGCAUCAUAUGCACAACCCUCCAGAACUAGGACAGGGAGCACAAGUGCUGGAAACACAUCAUCAAGUGGACUUCAAUUUUUAAGGAACUGGAGACGUGGAAGAGAUGGCUACAACAUGACAUCCAGUGCAUCCAGUGAUUUGCAUUCAGCUAGCAACACAUGAUGUACGCAGAAAGCUGUGGUCAUUGAAAUAACCAACAAGAAGUCAGGCUUUUUUUUCUCUCCUUUUUUUCCAUAGUAGCAAUAAGUUAAUCUGUUAUUGUUUUGUUUAUUGCUUAUAUAAUAUUUAAUCCAAAAAGAAUCAGGCUUGGUUUUAAGGAAACCAAAUAAGGGAAAAUAUGUAAUCACCAAAAUAUUUUUGAAUGGCAUAAUAAAUGUUGGAAUUGUAGUGAUAACUUUUAAAACAUUUAUGUCAUCUUUGAUUUUGAUUCGAAUUUAUGAUUAUCAACACAGCAUAAAGCACAGAUUUGUAGUUAUACUAAUAGAUUUUUAUCAAUCUAUGUUUCAACAGUUUUAGAAGAAAAGAAUUGAGUGUACUUAUUCUAAAGAGAUGUCCGAUGUAAACAUAAUCAAAACAUUGCACUUGCAAUAUACACCAAUCAGUGUAUCAAUGAGACCUGGUCGCCUGUGACCCAGUGACUGGUUCACCACUGCCCACUUUGACCAUGACAGACCAAAAACACCCCACAAGAGCUGCAGUUUUGGAGAUGCUCUAAUCCAGUCAUCUAGCCAUCACAAUCUGGCCCUUGUUAAACAUGUUUCCUGCUUCUAACACAUCAACUUUGGGGAAAAAAUGUUCCCUUAAUUCGUAAUAUAUCCCACCCACUAACAGGUGCCAUGAUGAAGAGAUAAUUAAUAUUAUUGACUUGACCUGUUUGUGUUCAUAAUGUUAUGUCUGAUCGGUGUUUAUCUGUGGAUGUGUGCUUGCAUGCAUUCACACAGGUUGCAAAAAAAUAUACUGAGAUUCCACUUUUACUCAAAAUGUUUACCAUUUUCUACAUGUAUUCAUCAUAAGCUAAUUUUAAAUACCAAACUACCUUUGUUAAAGAAAGUUUUGGUGUUGCUCAUUUUAUAAGCUUGGAUAUCAGGAAAUCUAUUAUCUCACAAUCUUGCAGUUUCAUUCUGUGUCAGUACGUAUUAUGGCACACAAUCCGAAAAAUAUCCUCAUGAAAAUUCUUAAUUAAGCUGUAAUAAUUUCAUUCAUUCUUAAUUCAAUAAUUUCUGGUAAUUUUUUUAUUCUGUAUAUUUUGUGAAGUAGUCCUGUGUUAUAAAGACGAAGCAGAUGUCAGGGCACUGUUGCACCUCAGCUAGAUCUGAUUUCUUAAUGCUGACAUUUUUCAUAAUCAUGUUAAUUUUACCCAUAUUUUUUUCUUUGCAGAACAGAUUACUGUUAUACUAAUUAGCACCUUCAUAGUCUUUACUAGCUACUCAAAGAUAAAAUAAAUAUGCUUUCUGUGCGUCUUUUGUACACUUAAUGUGGUAUAUUUUGGAUAGCUUUGACAUGCUUUAAUUUUGAUCCUGUUUAAUAAUGUAUAACUAUAAUUUGAUUUAUUACUAAUUAUGUCCUCAGG